AGUAUUAGCAAUAUAUAAUAUCAGGCUUCCAAAGGACAGUGGUUCAUUUGUCUCUGUACUCUGCAAAACACCUUUUGAAAAACAAGAAGAUGGUUUCUAUAUAUAUCCUCUUUGCAUUGGUUUAUCAACUGUUUGUUUGUAAAUAUGUUUCAGCGGCAUGUGGCAGACCGCCCGAGCUCAAAAAUGGACAUGUUAUGAAUGGGAAGAAAGUCUAUGAACCUGGUGAAGAAGCAGUAUACUCCUGUAACACUGGAUAUGCAGGAUUUGGUUACAACAAGCUUGUUUGUCCGAAGACUGGCAUUUGGAGCAGGCCUAAACUCCAGUGUGAACCAAGAUCGUGUCCAGUUCCAAAAAUGUUGGAGAAUGGAGAAGUACAAGCAACGGAGUUCAAGUUGGGAAAACAGGUUUACUAUCAUUGUAAUGAAGGGUUCAUUCUUAGAGGCAAACGCAACAGCACCUGCCUGGCUGAUGGGACUUGGAGUGAUCAGCAACAAUUCUGUGAACCUGUGCAAUGUUUACCUGCACCUGUACCAAUAAAUGGGAAAAUAGUAUCUUAUUCUACACAGCGGCCCUAUAACAUUUCUGUCUUUGGUGACAUGAUCAAGUACGAGUGCAGUAAAGGCCUGGCUUUGUUUGGAAAUGAGACAGCCUUCUGCCUAGCCAGUGGAAGCUGGUCAAAAACACCGCAAUGUAAAGAAGUGAAAUGCCCAUCUCCACCAAACAUAGUGAAUGGAUUUUUGGUAUUUGCCUUUAAACACAAAUAUAAUGUUGGAGAGUCCGUUGAUUACGGCUGUAUUGAAAACUACAUCAUUGAAGGUGCACGGGAAGUAACAUGCCAGAAGACAGCGGAAUGGACACCAAUACCCAGCUGUCGAGCUCCUUGCACUAUACCUUUCAAAAGAGGUCGUAUCUUCUACAGUGGCAAAAAAAUCUGGGUGGAAGAUCUCCCAGAAAAGAGAAUACUGCAUAAAGAAAGAAUAGCUGUUUACUGCUACAACAAAGAAAGGAAAUGUGGAUACCCAGUUCUGACUCAGUGCAUUGAUAGUCAAAUUCAAAUUCCUUCAUGUUUUAAAGAACCCUCAGCUUUCAGCUACAAUCUGAAGUAUAGAUCACUUCCAUCAGAAAUAAAUCAAUGUUAAAGCAGGAACUCUACAACCAUUACCAUCAGACAAGUAUCAUUUAAAGAGAUACUGCAUAUGAUUCUACCGGUAAUUCACUGAUCACUUAUAUAACAAUUGGUUACAAAAUGCUGGUAAGAUUGUGGGUGCAGUAGCUAAUCUAUUUUUGGAGAGAUUACAGAAGAUUUUCUUCUUAGAUAUCACUUAAGUUGUUGAAAACUGGAACUAUGGAAAAAUCUGAGGUAUUUUAUUUACAACUUACUUGUCAGCAAAAUGUUUAUUUAAGUACAUUCCCUCGGAUGAUAUUGCAACAUAAAUUA